UCUCCUCAACGAGACAUGCCCGCCCGCCCCUCCCCGGCGACGGCGAACCCAUCGCCCUCUCCUCCUCCCCUGUGCAAAACAUUCGCCCACCCCAUCUCUCGUGAAGCCCAUAACGAUGCGAAGCACCUUGAAGUGAAGUUGGGAAAGGAUGCUUUGGUUUCAGCGAGCAGUCAAAUGACAUGGAAAGAACCUAAAGAAUAUAACAGAGGAAAGAGAUACUCUGAAUCUCCUAACACUCAUGCUGAUCCUUGGCAUACGUCGCGGUACUCCUCCCGGCGGUGUCAAGCUAGUUACUCAUUCAGAUCUCGCCGCCGACAAGCCACUCGCCAGCUUCUUCUUUCACGGCCCAACCGGAGUUGGGAAAUCACGGCUCGCUAGAGCAUUAGCAAUGGAGUUCCUCGGGUCGACAGAUUCGCUCGAAAAGGUGGGAUGAAUAAAAACCCUAGAUCUGAUUUUUUUCUCGCAUUGGUAGUGAUUUUUUCGUAGUGGAAGUGUUUUUUUGCAUUGAUAUUGUUUUUGUCGCAUUGGUAUUGAUUAUCAUGUAAUGGUAUUAAUUUGCAUGUAUUGGUAUGGAUUCAAUCUGCAAUGGUAUUGAUUUCUUGGGAAAUGGUAUAGAUCUAUAUUGGUAGAUUGUUUAUAAUGGUAGUUUUCGUGUAAUGGUAUAGAUUUAUUUCUGCAAUGGUAUUGAUAUUUUUCAAAGUGGUAGUGAUUAUCUAAUGGAUUGGUAGUGAUUUCGUGUUUUUUUUCUUUUGCAAAAAGAUUGAGAAAAAUAAGGAAAAUGGAUCUGGCUGAAGAUUAUGGAAGUGAGAGAAAGAGAGAGAAUUGUAAUUAAUAGAUUAUUGUAACUACCUAAAAUGUAAUUUAUUAAAAAAAUUAAUUAAUACAAUUUAUUUUUCAUACCCAAUUUACCCUUAGUAACCACGGUGAUUAAUACUUAUAUAGAAUCACCGUAACCUGUCCCCGAUAUGUACACAUUGCACGUGAGCGGUUAUGGUGGUAACUUGGUCCCUGUAGCCACCGUGGUUACUAAGGAUAGUGAUGGUAUUUUGGUGCUUAUUGUUUUGGUAGUGUUGCAUAUGGUUAUUGGUAGUGUUGACGUAGUUGUAUUCUGAUAUUCUGAUGCUUAUUGUUUUGGUAGUGGUGCAUAUGUUUAUUGGUAGUGUUGACGUUGUGGUAUUAAUAUAUAUUUGUUUGGAUGGAUUGGGAUUGAAUAUCAAAAGAAUUACUUGCAUUUAUGUUAAUUGCAUUGAAUUAAUUACAGUGGAGAAAUAAUUUUAUACAAAAACUAUAUUAUUCGCUCUAUAUAUCUCUCUCUAUUUGAUUCUACCUCUUUGCCUUCCUCUAGUCCUUUCAUCCUUGUGCUUCAACGAUUGUAACCAUCUGUACUUUUUUCGACUACCUAACAAAAAAUCAAUACCAAUACGAAAAAUUAGUACCAAUCUAGACAAAAUAAAUACCAAUCCAAGAAAGAUCAAUACCAAUACCAAAAAUCCAUACUAGUCUAGAAAAUCAAUACCAUUAUAAAAAACGUACCAUUAUUAAUUACUUUUUUUUUAAUAAAGUUCAUUUUAGGAAAUUACAAAAUUAUAUUAACUACCAUUUCUCUCAUUUUCACAAUCUUCAGCCAUAUGCUUCUUCCUUCCUUUUCUCAAUCUUUCCAUUGAUUUCGUUCUAUCGAACUAAUAUCGCUGCAACAAUAAAACAAUAUCAAUCAAUUACAAAACACUACAGUUGCACAAAAUACCAAUACCAUUCGAGAAAUAAAAACACUACCAUUUCACAAAAACACCAAUACCAAUGCGACAAAAAUAAUACCAUUGCGUGAAAAUUAAUAACAAUGCGAUAAAAACAAUACCAUUGCGACAAAAAUAAUAUCAAUGCGAUAAAAACAAUACCAUUGCGACAAAAAUAAUACUAAUGCGCCAAAAUCAAUACCAAAACAAAACAAAAAAUCCAUA